AUGAACGGAUGCAUUUCCCAAUCCGUAUUUUCGUGACGUCAUCAGCGAGAAGGUUGGCUCAAUGUAUUUCCGACUGCAGCAGAAUAAAAAGUAUCCGUGUAUAGCAAGACACCGUCAACUAUACAGCAGUGACUGAAGCGACGCGGACUAAAGAAAGUGAAGCAGCUCCUCCUAAAUAUUAUGCUGGGGAACAGAAGGAAAGCAGCCCCCGUGCGUAAGAACGCCACCGGGACGUCCGAUUCCAAGGCCAUCGAUCCCAUAAGGAGUCUCGGAUUGCAGGAUGAUGAAGAUGUCAAGUGGAUGUUGAAGGGUUCCAAUAUGGUUAAGGUCAGAUCACCUCAUUGGCAAAAGCCACGUACUCUGAAGCUGCUGGAAGAUGGCGUCACAAUUUGGUGCCAGUCCCACAAAACAUUCAGGCGAGCCAAGGAGCAGCAAUCCUUCUCUGUCACAGAGGUGGAGUGCGUAUGUGAGGGCUGUCAUUCGGAGACAUUGAGACAGAUGGUUGGUACAGUUCCUGAAGGACGGUGUUUGACGGUGGUCUUCAAAGGUCCCCGAAAGAAUCUGGAUCUUCUCUGCCAAAACCAUGAGGAGGCUUUUCAUUGGACCCGUGGCAUCCGGACACUGCAAGAGAGGAUUAGCAACAUGACCCACAAGGAGAAACUUGAUCACUGGAUUCAUGCUUACCUGAGUCGGGCUGAUAAGAAUCGUGAUGAUAAAAUGAGUUAUGAGGAAGUGCAGACAUUGCUACAAAUGAUCAAUAUUGACUUGAGUGACCAAUAUGCUCGCGAACUUUUCCAGAAAUGUGAUCACUCAGCCGAUGGCCGAUUGGACCAUGGGGAAAUCGAAGUUUUCUGCAGAGAGUUGUUGCGGAGACCUGAGCUAGAUGCUGUCUUUAUGCUAUAUUCCGCCAACGGAUGUGUCCUCUCAACUGCAGACCUGAGGGAGUUCCUGAAUGAUCAGGGGGAGGAUUCUUCAUUCACACAUGCCCAAAGCCUGAUACUCACUUAUGAACUUAAUGAAUGGGCUCAGAGGAACCAUUUGAUGACACUCAAUGGUUUCACCAUGUAUAUGCUGUCCAAGGAAAAUUCUGUGUUCGACCCGGACCAUGUUUGGGUUUAUCAAAACAUGAAACAACCUCUGGCACACUACUUCAUCUCCUCUUCCCACAACACGUACUUGACGAAGGACCAGCUGACCGGGGAGAGUGGCGUCGAGCCAUAUAUCCGAGUCCUGAAUCAUGGUUGUCGCUGUGUAGAGUUGGACUGUUGGGAUGGAGAUAAAGGACAGCCAGUCAUCUACCAUGGCUACACGCUCACCUCCAAAGUGCCUUUUGUCGACGUCAUAGAGACAAUCAACAAGUAUGCAUUUAAGGCAUCACCUUACCCUCUGAUCCUUUCCUUGGAGAACCACUGCUCUGUGGCGCAGCAGGCGGUGAUGGCUCGACACCUGCAGUCCAUCCUUGGGGACAAACUGCUCACCAAGGCCAUUCGUGGCCUCGAAUCCAACAUCCUGCCUUCACCGGAGGAUCUUAAGGGUAAAAUCUUGAUUAAGGGGAAGAAAGAGAAUACAGCGGAGGAGUGCACAUCAAGUUUGUCAGACCUCAGCUCGUCAGAUGAGGAGCCAGCUGUGUCUAAGAUGAGUCCAGAGCUGUCAGCAUUGGUCGUGUACACCCGCAGUGUACACUUUAAAAGCUUUCAACAUGCUGCCAAGGCCCCGGAAAGCCACAUGUCUUCAUUUUCUGAAAAUGAAGCCCUAAGACAUGUCAAAGACUCAGGGAUGUAUUUUGUGCGUCACAAUAGCCACCAUCUUAGCAGGAUCUACCCCUCAGGACAGCGGCUACAGUCUUCCAACUAUAACCCUCAGGAAAUGUGGAAUGGAGGCUGCCAACUUGUGGCUCUAAAUUUCCAAACUCCUGGGGAAGAGAUGGAUCUUAAUCGAGGCAAGUUCUUACAGAAUGGUCAGUGUGGCUACAUUCUGAAGCCCCCUUUUAUGUGCCAGCCGUACAGCAACUUUAAUCCCGAGAAUGUUGGUGGAGGUCCUGGCCAUGCACCUGUUCUGCUCACUGUUCGGGUUAUUUCAGCACAGCAGCUACCUAAGCAAGAGAGGAACAAGCCUUCAGAUAUUGUGGAUCCGCAGGUUUGGGUUGAGAUACAUGGUGUUCCAAUAGAUAACAACAAGAAGAAAACCCACCACAUCCAAAAUAAUGGUUUUAAUCCACAGUUGGACUGCACCUUUAAUUUUACCAUCCAUUCUCCUGGCCUGGCUCUCGUUCGCUUUGUGGUUGAAGAUCAUGACUAUACUUCAAGUAAUGACUUCCUUGGACAGUACACCCUACCUUUCACAAGUCUCCGCACAGGUUAUCGCCAUGUCCGUCUGCUCAAGCAGGAUGGUUCCAGCCUUUCACCCUCCUCACUCUUCAUCCACGUCAAGAUUGUUGACUGUCAGAAUAGCCCUUCCAAGUCAUCUAAAGGACUGGCCAGUGCAUCUCAAGCCGACAAGAUCUAAUGCCAUUCUGUAAUGAUUAUGUGUUACCUUUAUUUAUUUUUAAGCAGUAUGCAUCUCUCUCUCUCUCGCUCUCUCUCUCUCUCUCUCUCUCUCUCUCUGUUUGUACAUAUAUAUAUAUAUAUAUAUAUAUAUAUAUAUAUAUACACACACACAUACAUACAUACAUAUAUACAUUAGUGGUGGGACUCAAAAAAAUAAUCUAAUUAAUUAGAGGCGUUUUAAUAAAUUAAUCCUCAUUUUAAUCAUAUCACAAUAUUUGUCCCAAAGAGCAUUUUUUAAAUGGAUUUUAGUGUACGACUGAAUCAAAUAAUAGACACAAAUGUGAAUACUGUUGAAAAUGCAUUUAAUUGUAUUUCAAUACAAAACAGUACAAAACAAAUUAAAAAAACAUAUAAUAUUCCCUGGUCAAAAUUCAGUAGACCUAAACGUAAAAUUCCAUUUCCGGAUACUUUUUUUAAGUUAAUGUGCAAACCCAUUGGCCUCACAAUACCUCCAUGACCACUUCUUCUCCCUCUCUUUCAGCUAGUUGCUAAGACACUAGCCUGUCACAUUACCAGAGCUCAAGGCAGCUAUCUUUUUUUGUACCGAUGUGACCUGCAAGUGGGAACAGCUUCUCACGUGGACCAGAAGUGGCAGGGCUAAUCAGAUACUUGUGGGCCAGGACAGACAGAUGUGAAUGAGUCCCUGUUCGACUGCACCACCACUGGAGUGGGCAGACUGUUUUGCUGAUGGUACUGCUCUGUACAAAUUCAGGGCACUGCUACACAGGGCUUCCUCAUCUGAAGAAAUUUAAGAGAGAAAAAAGCUCUUUUUCCUUGCUGGCUACUGUGUGGUGGUAUGCUUACACUGUUCCUGUAGUAGGGCCUCAAAGCAGGUCCAAACCUCUGCUUACUUUCCCCUUGCAAGACAUUUUAAAUAUUUAAAGAGUAGGUCAAGCACAGCGGCCAUCUUGAGCCAUUCAUGGUUCACUGUAGCUACACGUUGGGAUAAGUCCUUUGUGAAUGCUGUCUUGAAUUUUACAGUGUAGGUUGAGUCAUCAUCGGAGACCUCCAUGGUGCGGUACGGGUGGCGGAGAGCAGGUAAAACCACUGAAUAGGAGACAUAUCUCACAUCUCCAAGGGGUUCAAUCACAAAUCUGCUGUAGACUGUUCAUGAAAGUAAUUAUUAAUCUACAAAAUAACUUUUGAAAACAAAACAAUACAUCCCAUUAAAAAUAGUUUCAUUUACCUGCAUGGCUCAAGGCCAGUUGCUAGCUUUUGGAGUUUUAGCAGCUCUGAUGGAGUUAAUGUAACUAGCUUGUGCUUCUGUUUGACUGAAGCAGCAAAAACAGCCUCUUGAUUCUUCAGUCGACGAGAGAUCCUUUCCAGCGUUGAAUUACACCUUCUGGCUACAUCCUUUGCAAUUAGGUGGUACCGGAGGGUUGAAAUGUUUCGGCGGUACCCGAACUCCUUUUUGCAUAAUCUACACAAAACAACCCUUUUAUCACAGCUUCCAUCGGGUGUUUAUUUUUAUUUUUAAUUAAAUUUCUCUUCCAACAGUCCUUCGUACGAUUUCUCCAUUGUGUUAGCAGUUAGCAGAGGUGGGUAGUAAUGCGCUACAUUUACUCUGUUACAUUUACUCAAGUAACAUUUUCCAUAAACUGUACUUGUCAGAGUACUUUAAAUGCACCAUACUUUUUACUUUUACUUGCGUAUUUAUGUGAAGAAAGAUCGAUACUUUUACUCCAUUACAAUGAUCGACAUGCCGUUCGCUAAUUUUAUUUAUUCAUUCUUGCGUGUCCGCAUCUAUUCUUAGACUCCAUCUUCGACUUCCGCUUAGAGGGCGCCGUUGCACCAAUCAAACGGAAUCACUAAUGUCAUUUGACUCCAAUUCACCAAUCAGACGACACAAGGCAGACACAUCACCGCACACGUAGCCUUCGUGAGCCAAUCAAGAUGACAGAUUUUUCACCAAUCAGAUGACACAAGGCAGUCACAUGACCACGACUGUGUUUAUUUUACAGACUCCAAAAAACAACAACUUUAUCAUGCAGCUAUUCAAUUUUUACUGCCCAAACUUGGAAAUUUCACCCCACUUCUAACAUGAGUAAACACCUUGCAGUAAGUUGCAGAUGUUUCUAUCUGUUUUGGCAGGGGAUAUGGCAAAAUUAGCACUAAUCCUUAUGGUGUCGCACACACAAUCGAUAAAUUUGUUCAGCAAACAGCUUCAUGAAGUAAUUUAAGCGAAUAAAGCAAAUAAUGUAUCUGUAGGGCCCAAUGUAUCUGGUGUUGGUUUUUGGCCAGUUAAAAACUGAAAUGGUGGCAGCUGUGUGUCGACUCCCACAUAUUAUUAUUUUUUAAUUUUAUUUGAUGUUCAUGCUCUGAUUAAAAACAAAAACAAACAGAAGUUACUCACAAGUUACUAUUUGCUUGAGUAGUUUUUUUCAUUGAGUGCUUUCUGCAGCGUAUAUGGGGGUUAAAUAAACAUUUUAUUAAUUUGGAAAACGAUAUGAAGGAAGGUAAACGCCUGCGUUCCCAUUUACGCUAAAAUCAAACUAAUUUGUCUCGUAAAGGGGCACCACGUCAAUUUUAUAUGUAUACAAUUUAGGGAAAGUGACGAGAAACCUUUUUAUCACUUAUAUCUAAAGGUUGUUACAUUUUAUGAAAUAUGAGUUCUCGAUGACAGAGGCUUGCUUAAACUAAAAACAUACGGAAAACACAACCAAGGGUGGAAUUUUAUAGGAUGUUUAAUGACAUCUACAUGGGAUGUAGAGGGAAACACACAAAGGGGGUCUAACCGAAGAAAGAAAAUAACACUAAUAAUGGUAAAAAGCAGAAAAAUAGGCAUAUGAAAAGGGAAAUAGAACAUCGUGCAUUGGACUAAAGUUGAAAACGCAAGUGUUUAAUGCAUCCAGUCCGGACAAGCGAGGGAGAGAGAGAGGACACCGUUGGGAUUUAGUUUGAAGCUAGUAAUUUCCCCAAAAUUAUUAGGUACUGAUAUUGUACAGUCUGGCAAACACCGGUGUGUUACUUACGAACAUAGAUCGGCUGGUAGGUGGGGUGGUCUGUCUUUCCCUGUUUUGGGUCCGGGAUCCGCAAGCAAGUUCAGAGAACUCACGUUUGGCUGGGAGUGUAUCUGGUAGCUCAGCAGCAAGUGUUCUGGAGGCUUAGCAACCACGGAGGCUAGGGAACCGGAUCUCCAUCCCCAAGGCCCGCGGUUACCGAGCCGUGUGCCCGAACAAAGACAGGCGAGGGGUGGCCGAAUUUUUGACAUGUGACGUGAGGCCACGGCUCAGCUUUGCAGUUGCUCUCAACGACAGCAGGUGUCGCCUUGUGUGCACAUUUGUCGACCCGUCCCUUCGCUGCUGCCAGUUCAAACGAAGAAAAGGACUCUAAACUGUAAUAGUUUAUUUGCUCUGAGCUUUUAUUUCUGAGUAAAAUAAGAAAAUGAGCUGCAUAAAUUUCAAUUUUAAAACAUCUGGAAUAACUGGGGUAUUCCAAAACCUUUGACCGGUAGUGUACAUGUUUGCGUAGUUGUCAGGUUUACUUAGGUCCAUUAUAAGAUAUCACUUCAAGCUGUUUAGGUGUGAUGUGUGUACAAGUAGAGAUAGUUAGGGUGUAGUUAUUUGGUCUUUGUAUUAACCCUCAAGGUAUUUUGCGUAGUAUUUCUGUGUAAAACCUCUAAAUAUCUUUGUAGGUAUAAUUGUUGCAUAAUGAGAUAUAAACAAUUAUCAUUUGUUAUUAUUUGUUUCUGGCGCUUUUGUAUAAUUAAACAUAUCCUGGGUCAAAAUGACUCAGGGACAUUAUUGCAGUCCCAUAACAACAAAACGGUUAAAGGGUUAAUGCGUCACUUGAAUGCCUAAAAUCACCCCCCAAAAAAUCUUAAUGCUUGUGAGUCUGUUAAAAAUAUAUGUAGUGUUUAUUCAAGGAGGUCAAGUUUUAUGAUAAUUGCAUCAGUUUAUUAUCCAUCCAUUUUCUGAGCUGCUUCUCCUCACCAGAGUCGCGGGGGCGUGCUGGAGCCUAUCCCAGCUAUCAUCGGGCAGGAGGCGGGGUACACCCUUAACUGGUUGCCAACCAAUCGCAGGGCACAUACAAACAAACAACCAUUCGCACUCACAAUCACACCAACGGGCAAUUUAGAGUUUUCAAUUAACCUUCCAUGCAUGUUUUUGGGAUGUGGGAGGAAACCGGAGUGCCCAGUGAAAACCCACUCAGGCACGGGGAGAACAUGCAAACUCCACACAGGCGGGGCCAGGGAUUGAACCCCGCUCCUCAGAACUGUGAGGCUGACGCUCCAACCAGUCGCCCACUGAGCCGCCAGUUUAUUAUUUAUAUUUAUAUUAUAUCCAGUAUUACAACUUUUAUGAUUAAUAUGAAAGUUUGUGGGAAUUAAGUCUGGUAUUCUAUUCCAUGUGUAAUUAAAAGGACCCGGGAUUUCCCUUUAAAUACUUUGUUGUUUUGACCAGGCUGUGUGUUGAGAGAUAUUAGUAUUAUUGAAAAUUUCCAGCAAUUGGUUAUCUGUGGAAGUGCACAAACUAUGCUGUAUAGUUGAAAGUCUAAAGUUGAGUAUUUAUUAACCAUGAUAUUUAUUAACCAAUAUUAAUAUUUUAUCACUUGGCUUGCGUACUUUUCAUUUAUGCGCAUUCUCCCAUCAAGACUUCUGACCGUGCGUAACCUGGGGACUGAAUUCUGAGGCUGGCUGUAAAUCAUGGAGAAUGGAGGUUCCUGAGACUUGUGAAUGUCUUCGACAUCCAACAGAAAAAUGUAGCACACUUUAAUUAUGAAAUACUUUACAUAGUGGAUGUGUCGUCAUCAGUUGGGACGUGUGCGUCGCUUUGUGCUUAUGGCUCAAUACAUUUGGAGGUUCAUCAAUAUGUAAAAAAAUAAAAAAGGGACAGAUUAGUGGUGCCUGUAAAGAUAUGAUAUGAAGUGUCACCUGGACACAAGGGACCACUGUUGCAUAAGGACUUCACUUGACAUGGACAUGCUGCCUGGACUAUCGAAAUACACUUUUGGAAGGACAACCCACACAUGCACAGCUUCUUAUGGGCCGCAGAGACUGCUCACAACACAAAAACAGCUUCGCAACAGGAAUGCAAAUGUUUGGACAAAUGAGAUCUUCUCAUUUCAUGGAGUCAAUUAAAGAUGCCAUGUGUCAGAAUCACAAAUUGUCUUUGUGGUUCAAUUAUUAUAAUGACAACACGUCCACUAUGAAGUGGUUUUAUGUUUCAUCCAUCCAUCCAUCCAUUUUCUACCGCUUAUCCGAGGUUGGGUUGCGGGGGCAGUAGCUUUAGCAGGGACGCCCAGACUUCCCUCUCCCCAGCCACUUCAUCCAGCUCUUCCGGGGGGAUCCCGAGGAACACCUCACCAGGGAGACGUCUGGGGGGCAUCUGAAUCAGAUGCCCCAGCCACCUUAUCUGGCACCUCUCGAUGUGGAGGAGCAGCGGCUCGACUCUAAUAUCCUCUCGGUUAACCGAGCUUCUCACCCUAUCUCUAAGGGAGAGCCUGGACACCCUGCGGAGGAAACACAUUUCGGCUGCUUGUAUCAGGGAUAUUGUUCUUUCGGUCACGACCCACAGCUUGUGACCAUAGGUAAGGGUAGGAACGUAGAUCAACAGGUAAAUCGAGAGCUUCAUAUUCCGGCUUAGCUCCUUCUUCACCACAACAGACUGAUACAAAGUCUCCAUCACUGCAGACGCUGCACCGAUCCGCCUGUCGGUCUCCCGUUCCAUUCUUCCAUCACUCGUGAACAAGACCCCAAGAUACUUGAACUCCUCCACUUGGGGCAGGAUCUCCUCCCCGGCCUGGAGAGGGCACGCCACCCUUUUCCGACUGAGGACCAUGGUCUCACAUUUGGAGGUGCCGAUUCUCAUUCCAGCUGCUUCACACUCGGCUGCGAACUGCUCUAGUGAGAGUUGGAGAUCACGGGCUGAUGAAGCCAACAAAACCACAUCAUCUGCAAAAAGCUGAGAUGCAAUACUGAGUCCACCAAACCGGACCCCCUCUACGCCUCGGCUGCGCCUUUAAAUUCUGUGUGAACUGGCCACCAAAGGUUUCGCUAAACAAAAACGCCCUCCCUCUAAAGCACAAGACUCGGGCGUCUUCUUCACAAAUGAACCACCACAGAUGGAAUUAGAGGGACCUACAUGCGACACGCGUGCAACGGUCACACAAUGCUCUCACUGUUAUGUCCUACGCUGUGUUCAAUCAACUUCUGACAUUGUUACAAGCCAGUGGCCGUGACCUUCAACUGCAACACUGCGCACUAACUAUUUGUGCAUUUUCAGUGACUAACACCGAGCUAAACACAUUAACGAUGCUCCACUGGACAAUUGGCCCCAUGACGUUAGUCCAUCCGGUCUACGUGUCUCCAAUUGAUUCCGUCCCCGUGCUCAUCGGCCAAGACCUGCUCUGCCGCUUCGAGCCACUAAUUGAUUACAAAAAUCUUCAACUGUGGGCGCAGGUAGAACAGGGGUUACCACCACCAACUCUGGAACUGUCCUCUGACCGGUACCUGGUGUUGAAACACUCGGAGGACGGCGACUUGUCAGGCCGCACUCCUUAAAAAUUAUGCAACAUUAUGCAACAAAUACUCCUUCCUGAAGCAUCCUGACCUUCAAUUAACGGUGAAAACUUUUCGCUUUCCCGUUAAUACUGUGCCGCCAUCUGCUGUCACUGCAGUGGGCGUGUGCGCCUUGAACCUGCAAUGGAACCAUCGCUCGUUAACUGACUGCUUCCUAGUAGUGCCCAAUUUGCCGCAUAAAACUUAUUUAGGUGCGGAUGUACUUGUACCGUUCAAGUUGACACCAUUAACCAUGUUUUGUGGUCACGUGAUAAUACCAAUUUCGCUAAUCGUGUUUUUCGACCAUUAAACCUUAAGUCGGGACAAACGUCGCCGACGCUUUUGAGCGUAGACAAAGUUAUAGUUAACUUCCCUAUUCGACUCGUCACGCGUGCUAACCAAUCAGUAACCGGUCCCCAUGUGUUCUUUCAGCCUUUGUCGGGGUUUAACGACCUGGGUUUAUUGCUGCAUGCCGCACCCUUCCGCUUCCCGGACCACCGUGCUGCUAAUUCACAUCCACACAAGGAGAGACAUCCACAUCCCCAGAUCUACUAGGCUUGGCCUCUUGAACUGUUCCGAUUUCCAUGACUUCAACCUCACAGUCCCCAUGAUUGUUCACCUCACACGAGACCUCACCCGAUUGCCUAUCUCUGGUCAAGUACAACUCACUGUUCCUUCGCGAAACAUUGCUAUCGUUGAAGUGGGACCUACUGAGGGUGAUGACAUCAUCAAAGUGGACCUGGCUGCAAACCAACACCUGGUAAUCCUUCUGCUCAGUACAAUCCCAACUGCACCCGAAAGAGCGUCUCCCGCAACUCCUCCCUCUCCCUCAUAUUCCUUGGGAACCAACUCGCCGACGCCGGUAACACCAUGUGAUAGUCGCCCGCUCCCUUAUCCCGACUUUGAAACUCACGUGCAGCAGGUCCUAGAGGAUGCUGACGCCCUGACUUCCGAUGACGAACGACAGCGUUUGAGGGAAGUGCUAAUCAAACAUGCCGCUUCGUUCUCUAAAGACUCACUAGACUGCAGCCUAACUGAUUUGCACAUGGUCCGCACUCUGACCCUUUCAAAACAACGCAACCAGUUGAACCACCUGUGAUGUCAAACUGGUCCACCAGGGGUUAUUCUUGUGACACAGGACCUUCUCUCGACCGUUUGAGCCCACUCAACCCCCUAAUAAAUAGUAAAGUUGAGCCCUUCGAAACGCAUUUUUUGUACUCAGUCCAUAAUCAAUGGACCUCAUAUUCAGCCAUCACGUUGCGCUUCAUUGUGACUUCCCUACGGAGCUGGCCCGCUCCUUCAAUGACCGCUGAGUCAUCUUGCUUCUCUCGUGACUUUUACACAUGCAUGGCUUCAACAGCCUAGGACAUGUGGGAUCUCUCUCUUCUUAGAGACCUCAGAAUUCCCGUGCACUUCUUCUCUGGACCUGGCAAAAUCCACCUCUGUGCCAUUUUACCCCCCCGACCCACCCUUUGCUCCUUUAGGCAACGCCAUGGACCCGUGUAUUGCACGUGCAGUAACCACUGGUGAUGAACGCCUCCUUCUGUGAUGGUUCCCAGCCUUCCUCUUCUAUUCUGCAUCGUUUGUGAUGUCAAAGUUGCCAAAGUUCGUUUGAUCUUUCUGUGGCUCGCCUUGGCGGCCACUCUUUCAGUUUUUCCUGCCUGCGCGCCGGGCAAGCUUGACUUUGGUGUCUCCUUUGCUUUUGCACCUGCAGAUUUUAAUUAUCGUGGGCUUCUGUUAUUACGCCUCCAUGAAGCGCACUUCACAGUCAUUCGUGGCCUCACGUAGUGAAAGGGGGGUCACACGAGCACCGCCCAUGAUGCACCAUGCACGGAACGGAAGAUGGUCAACACACUGAGGCCGGACCGGUCAAGCAGGUCCAACCUAUGUGACAGCAUGCUUUCUACGCCAAGGACUGCACGAAGUCCGCCAACGCAGACGCCCGACCAAGACACGAGUAAAACUGAACACACUGUUCUGCCGUAAACCAAAAACAUAACGACCAAAAUAACAUGUGACGCUUGUAGCCUUGGUACCAUCGAGUAGCCAUUUUAGUUCCCGACACUUGCAGUGCAACCCUUAACCAAAAUAGGCAGAUCAUAACCACUCUGUUGUCGCUGCUCGUAACGGAUUAUGCUCACACACAGACUGCUAACAGGUUGAUGAAUGACAGGCUACAUGAAAUUGCUCCCUCCAUAGACAACUUAGCAAUGGGUAGAAUUCCUCCACACUUGGUACCCCUGAGCUUAGUCGAAAGCAUCCUUUCUAAAGCCCUAGCAUGCCCCAUUAGCCCUGUCCAAGCCCACUUGGUUUUUUCUCUCGGGGGUUCCACUGUCUUGUAUGUAAACACUGAGUUCCGAGAAAUAGCCUUCCUUGUUAUUCUCCCAAUUAUCGACUCCCGCAACAUCUAUCGCCCAAAAGACGUAAUUAAUGUUGGCAUCUGGCAGGGCAACACUUACAUCCGAGUCAGUAUACCGCGGUAGUCGCCCAUCAAGAUAGUAGUCCUGAUCUGUAUCUGGCGCCAAAUUUGCACAUGUGCCUCCUCACAAAAGACAUCCAUUACCUGUGUCCCAGGAAGCAGUUCAUCCAAGAUGAAGCAGAUGGGAUUUAUGGCGUGAAGCCCAUGAAGGAUGGGUCACGGUGUAGAGCAGAACUACACCUCGCUACCAGGUUGCUACUACUCACGCGGAAAUUGUUCGGACCAAAUGGUUAGUCAACACACCAGCUCUUAGCGCAACUCUGAGUUACGCCCACCACGGCACAGGACGAGACACACCCUGCCAAAGCAAACCAUGUGGCUCGAUGUCCCCAAAGAUGCCAUUUUCCAUAUUAAGGAUCUUGCCCCCUACCAUCUGCCAGCCAAAAAUUAUGAGAGCAAAAUCGAGAUUUCUAACUUUUUGGGACAGUACAAAUUGGCGGUUGAUCCUGAGACACUUAAACAGAUUCAAUUUGAAGGAGCUCAGACGGUUGACAUAACCCACAUUGACAACAUGCAUGACUUUCGGCAUCGCCUACCUGUUCUAUUGAAGGACUCAAAACUUGCAGGGUCUUCUGAACCAGCGCUCAAAUGCGUGACUCAAAAUUUUCCGUCGGAAAAGAAUGAGUGAACCCGAACCUAACCCCAUACAGAUAGGAGAAGAGGUCCUCCUUGACCUAAAUUGCCCCCCGGACCUCUCUACUCUUUUGAAUCUUGACAAGGAUUCGGCUGUCCUCAAGAUUAGGACCUCUACUUGGCACCUUCCCUCUCCUUGAUUGAUGAGUAGGGAUCUACACCUAACUGCUGUGUCCCCUGUGUGCUAAAUUGAAGCUACCUCUUCUUUCUCUUUCUUUUUCCUCUCUAGAGCCGUGUUGAGUUUCUCCGUUUGUUUUGUGUUUGUUUAUUUUUACUGGAAACCUAGUGAAUGUAUACCUUUAGUUUUAGCUUCUUCCCUGCCCUGAAUUACUGGUGUCACUGCCAUCCCAAUAUACACACAUCUAUCCACACACGUCUAUCCUGACACCGACACCUAUAUGCACAUAUAGGCACUCCUUAAAUAAGAAGUUGUCAUGGACAACUGUUAUAGCCAUAAGGGGGUGAUAUGGCGCUACCGAACAAUGCAACCUAAAACUAGCAGACAUUCCAACAGCUUCUUCCCUCUUGCCAUCAACUUCUUAAACAGCAAAUUUACAAUCCCAUUGCAACUUGCUGCCAAUUUUUUGUCUUGAGUUUGUUGUUGCAUUUCUGCCGGGCCUAUUAUACAUUAAUCGUGCACUCACUGUAGUAGUCUUGCCACGCUGCACUAUUUGCAUAUCUGUUGUUGACCAAUACUGGCCACUCAUGUGCCUGAGUAGCAUCUGUAACAUUUGCAUAAUCGACAUUGUCCCAGAUUAUCGCACUACUUGUCACUUUAAACUGCAUCCAUUUCUUGAAGUCUUGGCGCCCUUUGCACAAUGGUACUAUUGGUAUAUUAGUCAUUAAAACUGCUCUAAUUGCUAGAGGACUGUGCAUAUUUUUGCACAAUUGUAAAAAUAAAAAAAUGAAUAAAUAAUAAUAAUUGUACCGGCAUUACCAGAUUACUAGCAACCUUUUAUUACUCAGUGAUGUUUUUUCUCGAUGUCUUUAUGUCUAAAAAAUAUUCUCUGUCAAUUGACUGUCUGUUGUCGUACUAGAGCAGCUCCAACUACCGGAGACAAAUUCCUUGUGUGUUAU